CACAACAUGAUACCACAGCAAAACGAGGUCCAGACAGAUAUACAGUACUGGCAGAGACAAAGAAUCAACACACAGAGAGACCCUCGGGGAGAGAGCAGCAACACAAACACAUCCAGUUACAGGGGAUGAUUGGUUGAUCCUAACACUUCAAGACCCAGACCUCGAGGACAGGUAGAACAUAGAAGAGAGAGCCAUGAAAAGUCUCAGGUUCCUCGCUGCUGAGGGGUUCGCCCAGAGUGGCCAGAGAGCCAGGGAGAACCUCAGUUGUGUGUCGUUCAACCUCUACCCGCUCCUCUUCAAGGCCUGCUACAUGCACGAGAUGGCUCUCCUCCUCCACGACCUCGUCCAAACCUGGCCCCUGCACGAGCUUAACCUGCAAAGGCUCCUGGGAAAGACGGUGGACUGCCAGGAGGAUCUGACCUCAUGUACCUGCCGGCUGUGCCUGGAAUCUCUGCUGACUGGCCUGAAGUCCUAUGUACUGCGGCCCCCAGAGACCUACGCCAAGACCCUCCGUGUGGUAGACCUGACUGGGCUGAAGGACACAGAGCACCAUUCCUGUGCCUGUGGAUCCACCCUGGGCCGCUGGGCUCGCACCCAUCUCCUCACCCGCAUGUGCUACGAGGUCAUGGUGGCCAUCGAGGCAGGUGACGCUGCACCCUCCGCCCUCGAGACUGAGGUGGACGUGCGCCUGAACGGCUUCGUCACUGGGCGGAACUACGAGGUGGUGGCCCAGGCCUUCCUGCUCCUCCGUCACUGCCCCUUGAAGCUGCGCUUCGUUGGGUUCCGAGCCGACUCCCUGGCCCUCAAACAGCUGUUCUACGUGCUGCGUGUGGCCCAACCGGAAGCCAUGAGGAGACUCGAGGUGGUCCAUAACGUUCACCUGGAGGCCCCGCACCUGGAGUUGCUGUUGUCCCGGAUGGAGUUCCCCCAGCUGCAGUCCCUGACGCUGCCUGCAGGGGCGAUGGACGUGCGAAGGCUGGGCUCGGAUGAGGAUGACCUGCUGGCGACCAUUGGGGAUCUGCUGAGCCGGCUGACUGAACUGACAGAGCUCUACAUGGGCUUCUCCACCCUCACCGGACACCUGCGGAGACUGCUAAGCCCCCUGAUCACCCCACUGCAAUGCCUGGAGCUGGCCAACUGUCACCUGAACCGAACAGACAUGGCCUACCUGGCCAACAGCCUGCACAGCGAGAACCUGGUCAGUCUGGACAUUAGUGGUCAUGACGUGUGUGGCCUCUUCCCCACCACCUUCAUCAAGCUGCUCCAGCGCUGCGCCGCAACUCUCCACAGCCUCACCCUGGAGGACUGUGACCUGGAGGACGAACACAUGGACAUCCUGACCCAGGCCCUGGCUCCCUGUCUCGGCCUGGAGGAGCUGAAGAUACUGGGCAACCCUCUGAGCGCCAUGGCCCUGCGCCACCUCUUCUCCACGCUGGCCGCCGGGUUCCCAGCCCUGAGGUACGUGGAGCUGCCAGUUCCCAGGGACUGCUACCCCGAGGACGUUUCCUACCCCAUGGACGAGACGGUGCUGCUGCAGUACGACAGGGAGAUGUUCCAGGACGUCAGGGAUCAACUGAUGGGGAUCCUUCAGGGGGCGGGGAGGGGGAACGUAGAGGUGGUUACCCCCUUGUUGGGCGCUUAUGAUGCGGAUAUCAACGAGACCAGUAACGAGCUGGGGGUGUCCAUGGUGAAAUCCUUCAAUAGCGUCAUUGGAAACUUUAUUGAUACAAUUACAGCCCUGGACAACAGGAGAUCCAACAAAGAGGUUGAUUAAAGCUCAGGUAGAAUACCAGAGGGAGGUUAAUAGAACAAGGGUUUGUGCAAUACAAGUGGCUCAUCUCAAUUGUCUAUAGAGGCUUCCCACUUAAUUUCCACUGAUCAAAAGAAGUCUAAGAAAUCAGUGCAAAUAAAGGAAGGAGACAGAGAGACGGCUUUAGACUGUUGGGAUGACUGAAGACCUUGAGUAAUGUUUUCUAUCCAUACGUACCAAUUCUUCUGUACUUGUAACAGAUAUUUUGACAAAUGUAUUGCCCCAUUAUCAGGGGAUUUUUUGACCUGCAACUGGACCUAGAUUAUAGUAUAGAUUGAAUUGUCCUUUUGGUCUUCCAUUCAUGAGUGGCAAUUAUAGUAAAGCAUUGAAUGCUUGGUUAAGAAUAGUACUACUUGUAUACUGAACAUGUAUUUACAUGUACUGUAUAUAUUUCAGUUUAGAUGUAUCUUGUAUAUUAUGACAUUUAUAUGUGACCAGAGUGAAAGUUUGUUUUUACAAAAGUGCUAUAAAAUGUGGGAUUAAACUGACUUUACUGUAAAUACAACUUUAUUACUGUGGGGAUCAAAUCCUGGUUUGCUUUCAAAAAUAAAAAUACUUCUCACUCA